CCCUUCUCACCAGACGAGAUCUGAUCUCUGGCACACAAGUCACUUAGUUGGUUAAUACGCAAUGCAUUCCACCAACUCCCACAGACGCUGGAGCGUCAUCUUCCUGCUGGCAACAUCCUUCCUACAACAUACGCUUUCCGAGAGUCAAAGUUCGCCGCGUUAUCUGCAAAACAUUGACAUCAGCAACAAUGCCAGCAUCAACAACAACGAGAGACUGCAGCAGAUCCUCAAAGGAGCCGGAGCCGGCUCCACGCAAAUUAAUUGGCCACAACGCUCCAAGCAGGCCACACCCGACGUUAAGACUGAGUUAGCCAAACUAAAUACCACCUAUAUCUACCAGAAUGCCUGGCCAGCGAACAAUGUGAAGCUGGGCGCUGUGACAGCCGUGAGCUUCGACAAGGCCGGCAAUGUGGUCAUCUUCCAUCGAGUGGACCGCAUCUGGAGCCAGGACACCUUCGACCAAGGCAAUCAGUAUCGGGAGAAGUACCGCGGACCUAUUCGAGAGAGUACUGUUCUGGCACUGGAGCCUGCAACCGGCCGCGUCCAAUACGAUUGGGGCAAAAACUUCUUUUACAUGCCACACGGCCUGACUGUGGAUCCCGAGGACAAUGUCUGGCUGACGGAUGUUGCCAUGCACCAGGUGUUCAAAUUUGCAGCACGCGGCGCUGGCAACAAGCCACUGCUGACGCUUGGUGUGGCCUUCCAGCCGGGCUCCGGCAAGAAGUUCUGCAAACCCACGUCAGUGGCCAUCCUGGACAACGGGGAUUUCUUUGUGGCGGAUGGCUACUGCAAUGCCCGCAUCCUCAAGUACUCCAAGGCGGGCGAGCUGAUACUGACAUGGGGCCAGAACUCCUUUGCCGGCGUCUCCUAUGAUGUGGCUCCACAGAACUACUUUGCUAUUCCGCAUGCCCUGACUUUGGUCCCAGAGUUGGAGCUGCUGUGUGCCGCCGACCGGGAGAACGGACGGGUGCAGUGUUUCUACUCGAGCAACGGCACCUUCCACUCCCAGUACCAUAAUCAACUGAUUGGCGAUCGACUGUUCAGCAUGGCUUAUACCCCGGCAGCAGGUGGAGAACUGGUCAUUGUCAAUGGUCCCAACGCUGAGUUGGGCUUCCAUCCGGAUCAUUAUAACGAAGUGCAUGGCUUUGUGAUGAGCAUGCGGAACAGGCAAUUGGUCUCCAAAUUCGGGCCAAACAAUUUGGAAUUCAAGAAUCCCCACGAUGUGGCCGUAACAGCCGAUGGUAAUGAGAUCUAUGUGGCCGAAUUGAAUCCCAUGCGCAUCCACAAGUUCUUGCACAAAUCCCUGGCCAAGCCCAUGUCACUGUCGGCCACAAAGGAUGCCCAAAGUAUUAGUGGUGUGCCCGCCGAAGCACCGGCAACAGGAGCGGACGCUAGCCAGACGACGAGACACCAUCCCAGUGGCAAGGCCGUACUGGUAGCCUCGUUAAUGCUGAUAUUUGCCGGCUCCACCUUUGCGCUGGCCCUGCUCAUGGCCAGGCGGCGAAAACGAGGUAAUCAAGCCAUCAGCAGCGCUGCCCCGCCGAGCGAUCUGGUGUACCGCAAGCUCACUGCGUCCACCCAGAGUUGUCUGCCUUUUGGCGCCCGCAGUCGGCGUCAUGCCUGGGAGAAGGCCGAGGGCUUCAAGCUGGGUGGACUGCUGGACAGGGACCGCAACGGCUUCGAGAAGCUCGACCAGCAGGCCAGCGAUGAGGAGCAGGAGACUCUGGCGAGUGGGGCCCCAUACGCCUAGACAGGACCAAGACUUAUGUACAUCUAACUGAAAAAUCAUUCCUAGCCUAGUUCUAGCUCUAACUACCUGUACCUCAAAGAUUCCACUUAGUUGUACACACUCUUUUUAUAUGUUCUUCGAUUUUAGUUCUGUUCUCCCUGUCGACAUAAUUUGAUAUAUUUGAAUGCAUUUUCCUAUUGCGGUUGCGCUCAAUCCUUUUGAUUUGCCAAACGGGAAUAUAGUCUUAUGAAACAUCA